UAGGAGCGGCGCGGCGGGCCUCAGCAGUCAGCUCAGCUUCGCUCAGUACACUCAGUAGCGUGACGAGCGUCGAUCCGCGUGUGGUACAAGCGUUGCGCGCACCUCUCGCGAGUGCCGGCUGGCUCCUCUUCGUUCGCUCUCGCGACGUCCGUCGUUCUCCCUUUUCCGCCUCCCUGCUCGCCCUCCUCGUCGUCGUCGUCGUCGUCGCCGUCUUCGCCGUCUUUUCUCGUCUCUCUUCUCGCGCGACGAAACCGAGACGCGGCCGAGUCGAGUCGUAGUCGAGUACGUGCCGGGACCGAGACGUGUGUGUGCCGUCGAUACGCUCGGAGGUGCCAAGCGGCAGGAGCGAACGCUCGAGGGAAGCAGAACUCCGCGGUCAAGGAGAGCGGAAGCGGACGGGAGAAACAGAGAGAGAGUGAGAGAAAAGGAGACGUUGAGAAGACACUUGGGGUAUCGUUUCGGUAAAGCGAGAGUAACCGAGUUCGUUCCAGCUACGGCAGCACGAUGCAGAGCAACGGUUCGGAGAAUGUAGGAUCCGAGAAUGGAGUCGACAAAUCGGGAUGGACGGUUGGACUGAUCAACGGAAAGUUUAAGUAUCUAACGGCGGAGACGUUCGGUUUUAAAAUCAACGCUAACGGGUCGAGCCUGAAGAAGAAGCAACUGUGGAAUCUGGAGGGCAGCGAGCAUCAGGUUUUCCUUCGCUCGCACUUGGAUCGAUACCUAGCGGUCGACCAGUUUGGCAAUGUAACGUGCGAGAGUGAGGACUCGUCAGAUCCGGGAUGCGCUUUUCAAAUACAACUCGCUUCCGACGGCAGCGGACGAUGGGCUCUGAAGAAUCUCCAGAGGGGCUACUUCUUAGGCUCGAGCCAAGAUGAAUUGAAGUGUACCGCUAAGGCCCCAGGCGAGGCGGAGUAUUGGCUCGUGCACCUCGCCGCUAGACCGCAGGUGAAUCUUCGAUCGGCCGGAAGGAAACGUUUCGCACAUCUGAGCGCCACUCAGGACGAGAUCCAUGUGGACGCGCCGGUGCCCUGGGGUGAGGACACCCUGUUUACCUUGGAAUUUCGCCCGACGACAGGCGACGACGACAGUCGUCAUUCUAAGCCCGAGGGCGGUCAUUAUGCGCUACAUACUUGCAACAAUAAAUACCUCGCACGUGAUGGCAAACUCCUGGACGCCUGCACGCGAGACUGCCUGUACGCCGCGGAAUUCCACGCUGGUCUUCUCGCCCUUCGGGAUAUACACGGCGCGUACUUGGCACCGAUCGGAAGUAAGGCCGUUCUGAAAUCGAGAUCAACGACCGUUACGCGCGACGAGCUUUUCUCGUUGGAAGAAUCUCUGCCGCAAGCGUCCUUCGUCGCGGCGUUGAACCAGCGAUACGUUUCUGUGAAGCAAGGUGUCGACGUGACGGCCAAUCAGGACGAGAUCUCCGGCCACGAGACAUUCCAGUUAGAGUUCGACCGGGUGACGAAACGGUGGUACGUGCGAACGAUGCAGGACCGUUACUGGACUCUGGAGGCCGGCGGCGGCAUACAGGCGUCAGAUCAUAAGCGCUCGUCGAACGCGCUCUUCGACCUCGCGUGGCAAUCGGACGACGGCACGGUCGCGUUGCGCGCGAAUAACGGCAAGUUCCUGGCCACUAAGCGAUCCGGACAUCUCUACGCGAACGCCGACUCGUUGAACGGCAACGACUCCGACGCCGCCAAGUAUUACUUCUACCUGAUGAACCGGCCCGUGCUGGUGCUGCGAUGCGAGCAGGGCUUCGUCGGGCCCAAGAGCGCGGCCAGCCCCAAGCUCGAGUGCAACAAGGCCGUUUACGAGACGAUACGCGUCGAGCGAUGCGAGCGCGGCUUAGUCAGGUUCAAAGGACAAAACGGGAAAUAUUGGCACGCGGACAGCGAGGGAGUAACCGUGGACUCGGACGUGCCGUCCGACGGCUUCUACCUGGAGCUGCGCGAGCCGUCACGGAUCUGCAUCAAGUGUUCGGACGGCCGGUAUCUCACCGCGGGCAAGAACGGCGCGCUGCGUCUAGGCGAGUCGGACUACGAGUCCGCCACGAAGUGGGAGUUCUAAGGAUGGAAACGUAAAUGCAACGGGCAAGAUGUGUAUUCCACUGCCUCCUCAGCUUUGUGGUCGUAACUCGCAGCAUCCGUAUCCCCGGGAUAACAACGACGAGAGAGAUCGGCGGUUCGCGCUGCUUCUUGCCGCGUACUUAAUUGAGCAUACCGCGUCGCGUCAGAACGACAGUUUACAGUAUUCGACGUUCUGCUCCAAUAUAUACUUUUCUUUUGCUCUCGGUAGAGCUUCGUGGAUCCGCAGUAUAUUCAAGACUGACGGUUUCAUCCCGCAACCGCGCGAUAACGCAAAAGUCCGAGAGACGUCCAAAGGACCGGCUAUUAUAACUACCGGUCUAUUUUAUACGUAACACACACACUUUUAUAUCUUUAUAUAUUUAUAGGUAUAUACAGUUUGCCACGCUGCGAGCUCAAAUUUAUAUCGACAUCUUUCGUGUGCAUCACGUCCAUUCGUAAUUCUGCGAGUCGCCAAUCGCAGAAUUGAUGUAACGAUCGUCAUUAUAUACACCUAUUUUAGUUUAUGUUGUCUUAUUCUGAGAUAAAAGGAAUUUAUAUGAUAAUGUGAUCAGUGAGAGAUCGCGCGUCCAGAGAGGAGCACAGAUUUUGCUUUCUGCUCACAGCGUGGUGAUGAGUUUUUGCUAUCGUUAUGGGUACAUUUUUUAUAUAUCAGAUUAUUUAGAUGGAUAUAUAGAAAUAACAGUUAAGAAGGCGCAAUUGAAAGAGAGGCAGAUCCAAUAUCCGAUCGAUAUCCAAUCACUGCCCCCCCCGGUUAGAUCCUUCGGUAUUGAUCCUUCCAGAUUUAAUUACCGAGAUAUAUCUGUUACGAUCAUAAGUUAAGGAAAGCUCGUUUAACGAGAUGCACACGCAGUUUCGCUACUACCCCGCUUCACACGUACAUACUAGCCUACCGCGUAUGUUAAGUGAAUGAAAUAUGCCGAACUCUCUAAGGCUUGGUGAUGGAAAGAUUCGCACCGCACGGAUUUGUGAAAUCCUGUUCCGCUUUUUUUCUUAUGUUCAUUGGGAGCGAUACUUCGACGCGUUUUUUUUUUAGCAGUAAGAUAGAUUUCAUCUCCUCGCUCUUUUCGUAAACGACGAGCAAAAUCGGCAGGAUCGUUUUAUGGAUUUAAGAACUUUCUGGUAUGUCGAGUAAAAUUACACGAAAUGUAAGAGAAUAGAUAAGAGAGAGAGAGAGAUAUUCAGAUAAGAGAGAGAGAGAGAGUGAGAGAAAAAGAUAUUAAGUUACAUCAGUCUCGUGUAAAUAUAUGUUUGCCUCUUGAAUAUCAUUAUCACUAAUUACACUAAUUGUAGCAUGGUACUAUGCGCACGUCUCGCGCCGCUUAAUUUUAAACGAAAGCAAAACACGAAUGUGAAGCGGGCGAGAAAUAUGUUCGUUGAAUAUUUUACCUCUUUCGACAAGAUGUUGCUCAGAUGUUACAUGUCUCGAUUCACUGACGGCGAUACACAUAUUACUCUCUUAAAUAUACAUUAUGUAAGCGGCAGUCUCUCUUUUUACUACUUUUUCACGGUAGAGCCGUAUUAAGAACAAUGGAUGUAAUAAAUUAAAGGAUGUAAUAAGACAAUUUUUUUAUUGG